AUGGGGAAGCGGUGCAGAGAAGCUUGGGCUCGCUCUCCGCCCGGAGGCUCGGAACAGCUUGGGCGGGCGUUUGGUCUGGUUUGUCGCCUCAGAUGGAUCAAAAGGUUUCUGCUGAUAGGCAAAGUUGCCCCACUUUCCGCGGCGGCGACGCGGAGUUACUUUCUGCAGCGAAGCAGCCUCGAGGACCUUAAAGGGAAAAGGCGGACAGAAAGAGGGCGAGCGCACUUGAUUUCGACCUUUAAGGGAGGCCCAGAUGCUGCCAGGCCCCUCAGUUUACCUUGCGAAGUUACUUACGGAUCAGCAGCAUUUGGUCUUCGUCGGGUGGGGGAGAAACCUAGGCAUCAAAUAAAUUCUGUUUCACAGAUUCCUUUAGUCUCUUGUCAGCUGAAUGCAACUUUCUAAUUUGCUUUUUUUCUUUUUAAAGUAUAAUUUGAGUUGUUACUUGAUCGAGAGAAAAAUAGGCAUCAUGAUUUGAAAUACUGCCAGGCAUUUUUUC